AUGCUUGUGAUAGCUAUACUUAUUGCCACCGCAACAUAUCAAGCCGUGCUUAGCCCUCCAGGUGGUGUUUGGCAAGAUGAUUCUCUGUCCAGUAACAACAAUGGGACAGAUACUGCCAAACCACAUAUUGCUGGACAAGCAGUCAUAGGUUCAAAGAAUAUGGUCUCGUUUGGCUUGUUUAUCUUUUUCAACUCAGUAGGGUUCUUCACCUCUCUCAGCAUGAUCUAUGUUCUCACAAGUGGAUUCCCUUUGCAAUUGGAGUUGCAAGUUUCAAUGUGUGCGCUCAUAAUAACAUAUGACACUUCUAUGACUUUCGUGACAGCUAAUAAUGUCUUGUCUGUGUUAUUUACUGUUGUUUCCAUUGCCUUGCCAUUAGUGAUACCUAUUGCAACCAUGGUGGCAAGGAACUACCUCAAAUGGCCAAGAGUUGCAUUGCAAUGUACAAGCCUACAAAGUGCUUGA